AAAAGUCGUUUUUUUUUCUUAAUUGGAAACAAUAGAUCAAUGUUUGCAGGUAUUUUUAACGUUGCCCCUUCAGGGUAAAGUAAGUUCAAACCGAAAGUAGAUACUUUUUACCGCCUUGUAAUGUCGAAGAGAAAAUCUAAUGAGGAGUGGGGAGAUUCAGACAGGCCUAGAAAGAGGUUAUCUAAAGGCACAACUGUAGACGAUGCAUUGAACAAAAUAGAGGAACAGGUUAAAGUAGUGAGACAGGAAAUCCAAAAUCAGGAAAACGUCCAGGGUCUACACGAAACCAUCGAUCAACUGCAAAGGAAACUAGAAGCCGAAAAAAGCGCUAAAGCAGAGGCGCUUAAGGCUAAAGAAGAGGCCUUAAACAGAUUGAGCUCUGUGGCUGCAAAUCGACUUCGAGAUAAUAAUCCUGGUAUUACUGAUCUCAGUGACCCAAAUCGACCAAUCAAAUUGGGAGAAAAAGCUUCUGAAAUUUACGACAACGAAUGGACCAAUGCUCUAGAAAAUCUAGAGGAAUUACGAAAAGCGACGGAAACUGCUUACGAUGAAGAGAAGGAUGUGAUGCUUCUUCUGAGUAUUCUUACAGAUAUUUUCCAGAUGUGUAGAGCAGAUGCCUUGGAACAUAUUGAGAACAUAUCUCGAGUGUUACUCACGCCAUCUUUUGUGAAAAUCAAACAUAAACCAAAAGUCCCCUUGGCUUUUUUGAAAGAAAUUAAAGAUUUUCGAAAACAGCAUUGCACAGAAUCGAUACUCCAGAGUCUAUCGGAGCAUUAUAUGGAAAAGCUCCCGGAACAAAAUCCAGAUCAGCUUACUCCAGAUGUUAUUAAAGCCUGCAAGGAGUAUAUUCACAAAUGUGUAGAACUGUCAUGGUUGAUGUCCAUACAAGAUCCACCUAUGUGUUUAGAAUGGCAAUUCAAGGGCGGCGAUUUCAGAUCGGAUACAAUGCGAUCUUUUACAAGGAGCGGGGAAAAAGUCCAGUUUGUCGUCUGGCCCGCCUUGUAUCUUCAUGAUGGCGGACCUUUGGUUACCAAAGCAAUUGUUCAAGGCAUGAAAACUGGAAAGAAGAAAAGACGAAAUUAGUUGUAAUGAAUCUAAAUAAAGCGAAAGAAAUUAAUGUUAAAUAUUCAUUACAACAAUAAUUUGUAUUUCAACAAUAUUGUAUAUUUUUCAUAAUAUAGAACUCAUAAAAGUUUAAUG